UGAGAAGGUACUCUUUUGAUUUUACUUUUUUUUUCUUAUUAUAUUUUCCAUACCAUUUAAGUGAAUCAAUCUAACAUUUAAUAUUUAUUUGUAUUGUGUAGAUAUUUAUGCCCCUUUUAGCAAUGCGUCAUUGGUUAUUCGCUAUUGUUAGUAUUAUUGAUGAAAGUGUAUAUGUUUAUGAUGACCUCCGUGUGGUGACUCCUGCGUUAGGAUUGGAAAUUAUCAGUGAUUUUCUUGUGAUAUUGGAUUUAGCGUUUCCUAAUGCUUUUAGCAUACAUCUUGGUAGGAGUUUCAAGUUUGAGAAGUUCAUUAUUAUGCAAAAGCCAUUUCAUAAGAAGCAAUGUGUAGAUUAUGAUUGUGGUAUAUAUGUGAUACAACUUAUGAGAGCUGCUUACACAAAUGGUCAAAUAUGUGUACACGGGCACCAGACAAUGGAAAGAGUUGUUGUUUCUUUGGCUAUUAUAUUGUCAUCUUUGAAUAAAAUGCGACUAGCUUUAAAGUAAA